UUUUUUUUCUCUUUUCUUUUCUUUUCUUUUUUUUCUUUUUUUUUUUUUUUUUUUUUAAUUUUAAAAUUGUACGUGACGCCGAAUGAGAGAUUCUUUUCUCGAGUCAUGCGGUUCGCGUGAAAGUGUGCAAUAAAAAAAAGAAGUAUUUUAUAACGACCUAAACGGAUGGCACGUUUCCAGCAUUGCAUACAUUUUCUUACAUGGAUUAUCUAUUUUCAUCGUUUUAUUUGAAAUGAAAAGAUAAAAAGAAACAAAAUGGUGCUUGCGGAUGCGACGCUGACGGAUAAUCAUCACCGUCAGCGAGGAUUCGCGACAAAUGGCAACCCGGAAGGCAUCACUGUAUGUAAUCUGAUAGACGGAGAGACUCUGACCUAUAGUUUGGCCCUUAUACGCGGUCGGGCACCAUUGGCGUGUAAUUAUAUCACCGUUAGGGCUCAAAAAAAUGUGACAUCGGAAUGGCCAGUGGUCGGAGGCGAAUUUCGCGCGUUAGUUGAUCUUACGCGCGGAUCCAAUAAACUGGAACUCGAGGCCGGAGGACACAAACGACGAUUAACUCUUUUGCAUGAACCGAGAACAACUAGGCUACGAGUGACACCGGUAUAUGUGGUAUGCGCGGGACACGAUGGCUAUUUCCAAGGACCACGAAGAGAGGAUAGAUCACCGGAAAGCGCGGCAACCAGAAUAGGUUUGGGUGCUAGACUCUUGCAAACUCUAACAGCGGAAAAAUUGAGGGAAGCUGGACACGGAAAGAAGACGUUUCAAUUGGAACGCGAUCUGGACGGUCCAGAGUGCUUGGUGAUGCACAGUAUGCUUCACGUCGACAGAGCACGAGCUAUGUCGCAACGAGAAUUAUGGGAAUUGAUCGCACGCGAAUUGAUGACCGGUCCAUUAGCAUCGAAGGACCGGAAAUAUCUAGCUUUCUUAUCUUGCACGAGGUAUCGCGGUGCGCCGAGUCCCCGUACUCACGAAGAUACCUUAGCGAGAACACAAGGUCAUGCUGCUUUGGGUGGCGGUGGUUUAGCUCUUUUCGGCUCAGCUUGCUUGCAUACGUGGCCUACCUGCAUGGCUCAAGUACUGCCCCGAUUUUUAGACACCACGGUCGUUGACACCGAACAACUGAUGGACGACAGCAAUUAUCGAGGUACCCAUGGUGGCUGUUUAGCGACUACUCUUGGAUCGGUUUUACACGAACUCGGGCACACGUUCGAUCUCGGACACACGAGGGAAGGUAUUAUGGGACGUGGUUUUGAUUACGUCGACAGGGUCUUUGUUGGAGCGGCUGGAAUCGAUUUCAAUCGUAAUCCCAUUAGGAGAGAUCCACAACAUACGACUGUUGCUCUCAGUAGACCUCUCAGCGUCACAGUUACAGUACAAGAACCGGUAUUGUCUAGCCCCCGGAGAGGACGACUUUUAUCUGAGACAUCCAGGCCAUCACCAUCGGCGAAUGCGAGACAGCUUCCUGGUAGACUAUCCGCCCCUGCUAGUCCCGAACUUAACAGGUCUUUCUCUAAGACUUUAAACGCGGCCGAACUACCCUCCCAACCGGAUAGAACUUUCUGGGGACCUUCUUGUGCCGCGUUGCUCGCUUAUCAUCGAUGGUUCAACACCGAAACUGAUAAUCAUUCCAACAGACGUCAUAAUGACAUAGAAUACGAUGGUAAAAGGAACGUGGCACGUUCUCGAUAUGGUAUUAGAGUGAUCGAACUUAGAGAAACUUCCGGUGGUAUGGUCGUUGGUUCUCGUCAAUUUCCUGGUACUCGGCCACCUUUAGAAGCAUUGGUACCACCACCUCCACCUCACUGCCUGGCAGCUUUAACUCUAGUCGCUGAGGAUUCCACGGGGAACAUACUCAAACAUGAGCUUCCAACUGCCUUCUGAAGGUCGUUGGAAUUGUUACGACCGACCGAACCAUUUUUCCUUGCCUUACCAGCCAAAGAGAAUGAACAAAAAAUUCUUUAACAUACCUAGAAUUCAUUUUGAACCGCCGGUCGGUCCCAACAAUGCGGUAACCGCGGCGAAAAAUGCUUCGUAGUUCAAGCAGGUUUUGUUCGCGGCUAUUAGACAUCUUAUUAUUCUAAUAAUCUAAUACGUACUUUACUCGAACACUUGUACUCUCGCUCUCUCUCUCUCUCUCUCUCUCUCUCUUUUUUUCUCUUUUUUGAAUAAUAUAAGUUCUUUUUUAAAGCACAAAAGUCUUCGAUUCAUGUUAAACAUAAUAUCGUACUGCCAUCUUACACUUUCAUCAUUUUCAUUGCUUUCGAGGAUAUUCUCUCAUCGUGUAUUAAACGCGAUACCUGAAAAUAUAUCGUUCUUAUAUUAGAAGGGGUGUCGGUUAAUUGGCGAAAAAGUGCUAAAAUUUAGGAAUCUAAAUAAUUAUUUAAUUUCGAAAAAUAUACCGAUACUCCGAAAAAAAAAAUGUGCUUCUAUAAUUCAAUAUAAAGAAAAAAAAAAAAAAAACAAAAAUCAAAAAGAAAAAAAAAAAGGAAAUAAAAUAAAAUGAAGGAAAAAAUACCUGUACUAAACAUGAUCACGAACAUUUCUAAUCGUAAAUUAUUAGACAACAGGGAUUUUAUACCAUCGAAAUAAAAUUCCAUUUCUAGUCGAUCAACAGGGCAUAGAUCUCGUUCACGUGCGAUACAUCUUAUCUCUAUGGUUUUUUUUUCUUUUUUUUUUUUUUUUUUUAGUAAGCAAAAUAUAUACGAUACCUGAAAGAACUUCGUUUCAUUCGUUCACUUUGCCUGGAGUGUGUAAAAAAAAAAAAAGAAAAAAAGAAAAAAAAAAAGAAAAGAAAGACAGAAAGAAAGAAAGAAAAGGAAAGAGAAGAAAAGCAAUUAUCACUUUUCUCAGAAUAUCAUGAUAUAUUACACACAUGCCGUGCACAAAAAUUAAAUAAAAAGAAAGGCACGUAAGUUCGCGGUAAUGCAAAUGUAAAACCUGUAACAAUAUAGUAAUGAAACGUCGUUCAUAAUGCGAAGAAGUAAGUACGUAUGCGCUAAAAUAUAGUAACAGCGUAUAAUCUUUUAACAUUACGAAAAAACAUACAAUAGUUGUAUAUUGUUACGUAUGUAUAUGUAUAAUAUUAUUCCUUAAAUUAUUUUAAUAAUAUAGAUUAAUCGGGUAUGACAGUUAUACAGAUGACAAUAUUGUAACGCGGACUUCGGCAGAUUUAAAAAAAAAGAGCAUCAAUCAUUUGAUUAAAGAGAUGAGAUAAUAUUUACGAAAUAUUUUAGGCAAGAAACCCCAUUUAUCGAUAAAGCAUUAAGCUAGUCAGUAAGAAUACAAACAAACAAAAAAACAAACAAACAAACAAACAAACAAAUAAACAAACAAAAAAAGAAAGAAAGAAAGAAAAAAGAAAAUUUUAUUAUUUAAAUGCUUCAAAAAUAAUGUAAGAAAAAUUAUAUUUAAUUAUAUCUAGAUAUUAAGCCUGUGCUUUGGAGAAUACGUAUUAAAAAAAAAUAUUAUGUUCCUA